CGAUUCACAUAACACGUCUGUCGUUUGCACAAAUCGGCAGCAGCAGGAAAUUGCUGACCAAUUUUCAAUUUCAAUUAAAUUUUAUCUUCAAUAGCGUUUAGGAGUUUUGUAGGUUCAUCUAAAAUGGAACAAAAUGGUGCUAGCGAAAAGUCCCAGGGAGUGCGCUUCGAGAACGGUGUCAAAACGCCCUUCCUGAUCGGCGUAGCCGGAGGAACGGCCAGUGGAAAGUCGACGGUCUGCAAGCGGAUUAUGGAGCAAUUGGGUCAAGCUGAUAUGGACUCGGCGCAGCGGCAAGUCGUCACAAUCAGCCAGGACAGCUUCUACCGGCAGCUGACCGAUAGCGAAAAGGCUCGCGCUGAAAAGGGUCAGUUCAACUUUGAUCACCCGGACGCGUUCAACGAGGACCUAAUGUUGCGCACCCUGGAGGAUGUGCUCAAGGGUCAGAAGGUCGAAAUCAACGAGUACGACUACCGCUCCAAUGCGAUCUGCCCGGACCGGAAACUGACAAUAUACCCGGCCGAUGUGGUGCUGUUCGAGGGCAUCCUGGUGUUCUACUUCCCGGCCAUUCGGGAUCUGUUUCACAUGAAGCUGUUCGUCGAUACGGACUCGGACACGAGAUUAGCUAGACGAGUUCCCAGGGAUAUCAACGAGCGAGGUCGUGAUCUGGAGAAUGUCCUGAACACCUACAUGAACUUCGUAAAGCCGGCCUUCGAAGAGUUUUGCUCACCGACCAAAAAGUUUGCCGAUGUGAUCAUUCCCCGUGGCGCUGACAAUACAGUGGCCAUCGAUCUUAUCGUGCAGCACAUCCGGGAGUUCUUGAACAACCGAUCGCGCCAGGAUCAUAGCUCCUAUCUGGCCGGAUCGAAUGCCCUCAACAUCCCCCGCAAUGGUAGAGGUAAGCCCGAACUCGAUGCUUCAGCAGACACAACCACCACUGUCACUGUCAAUACUACUACCAAUACUACCAAUAAUAUUUCGAGCGAUCCUCAUUUUCGACCUCACUAAAGCUAAAAAAAACAUCACAAACAGCAAAAAAAAGUAAUCAGAACCAAAACAAAGGAUACGACAAUUGAUCAUCCUCUCACCAACAUCAUCUACAAGUACUGUGCGUGCGCUCAUAUGUUGUAUACUACAUGUAGUAUCUCACUGUUGUUGUUUAGAGCUCUCUGGUCAAACGCAUUAGUUUUAAGGGUUGUCGUUCAUUCGAUUUUGUUUGAUGCAAAGCGUGAGCUUUCGUUGCAAGUUGUGCGUAUCAUCUCUUUUGUAACGUCUUUCUCGAUUCGCCAUAAUGAAGGUACUAGUUUUUGGGUAUGAAGCAUUUCGGAGACAACUACUGUCAGCAAUUUUUCACCGUUCGCCAAUGUUGUGUUUACACUGACAUACAUACUGACAACAAAAGUGCGGUUGGCAACACUCCUUCAGGAUCAUCUACUAUUGUUUACUCACACCUAGGUGUUCAAUGCAGAAGCAAUAGAAUGGAAUCACAUUUAGCUCGAUUUAACCUCAAAUGGCACCAGUAAUAACGCUAACAGCACAAAUAUUGAGUAAACAAACUAAGCAUCACCUUGGUAACUUAAAACGAAAUUAUUCAUCGGUAGAGUCAGUAAUGUAGCAUUUACUAUUGUUUGUAAGAUCAUGUUUCUAACCUUUUCUGUUUAACAAAAAGUGUAGAACGAUAGUGCAGGUAGUGUUGAUUGUUUUUAUUCGUAGGGUAAGCGAAUCAUCUAACAAAAUUUCUUGAUUCUUAUCUGUCCACAUAAAAAAAAACAUCUAAUCUGCUGUCAUCAACGAUUUCACAAUAUUAACAACUAUGAUAAUACUAUUUGAAAAUAGCGAGAAAAAAUCACAAUAAUGACUGUAUAUUUUGGUUUUUACUUUCAUAUCACUCUCGUAUGAAGCCUUCAAACACUAAAAACAAAAAAGUAAACAAAGCCAAACAAAAACAAAACAAACAGUAGAAGCAAAACACCAUAAGACGCUGAGAUUCCUUCUGCUAUAAAGUUGGUUGAAAGUCGUGUUUUCUUUGAACGCAAACAAACAAAAGCCUAGACUCGAUAGAACCACAUACUCGUAUAUCUCAAGCUAGAUUCAUCCGAAUUUAUCGAAAACAAAAAAAAAUCGUCGAGACGCUCGUUCAGUACAAAAUAGUUCUGCAAAACAGUUCUGUAUCCUGUGAAACAUUUCUGUAGACGCUGAAAUACUUACUGUUAUAGAUUUAACUGUGGUUUUUUAGUUUUAUUUUUCCAUCUAACUCUAGACUCUAGAAUAUCUAAUGUUUAAGUUUGAUUUUGAAUCACUAACUCACAGUUCGAGUUUUGGGACCAGGGACAAUAUACGAUCAAUUUUUUU